GAGAUUCUAUUUCCCUUGCGGAAGAAACACAUUUAUGAAAUUAUGAUUAUGAAUCAUAAACAACACUCAUGUUUCAACCAGGAAACGAAUGAUUGAAAUCCAAAGCAGCCCCUGCCCCUGCCCCUGCCCCUUGUCAUAGAACGAGCUUCAGUCAGAGGCUGAAUUGAUCUCAACUUGUCCUUCAUUUUCUAUCCACUGAACCAGAUCUCAGCCUCCUGCUCGCUCUCUCUCAAAUCAAUCUCUCUGUGUGUUUGUGAGAGAGAGGGAGAGAGGACCAUUGACCAAUGGCUCGGAUCUUCGAGCACUUAGUGGUGUGCGGGAUCGGACCCGAGAUUCGGACCCUGGACGGUAGCAAAGGCUUCCACGGGUUUGGCACUUAUUACAUGCCGUCUCUUCUGGACCAGUACCCUCCUCCCAACCACACUCUCUACCCUCCUCCACCUCCUCAGCUCCCAACCUGUGUGUUGCCAGCUGGUGUUUUGUUUUAUUCAUCAGGCUAUGAUUCCAGUGACGCCUCCACGAUUCCACGGAGCUACCCCAUUGUUCUCACUGAGGGUGAUGGGACAAAAAUUUAUGUUAGUUGCAUUGCUUUCCGAGAUCCAGUCAGUGAGGAUAUUGCUGAAGCUUAUUGUAUACCUGCAAAUUCAUUUGCUGAUAAAUGUAUCUGUCUAGUUUCGCGGUCGCCUAGCUUUCGUUUACUUAGGAAUACACUAGAGGAAUUAUUUACACUUUGUUUUUCCCCUGGUGGAAGUAGCAAACCCUUAUGGGAUGUUAUUGCAUCUUUGGUGUCCACUGUACCUUUGCCCACUCCAGGAAAAGAUCGAGUUUUGUUUGCUAUUGACAAUUGUCUGCUUUCUGUGGAGGCUCCACCAAAGGAUGGGCUCCCCCAUGUUGAUAUAUCAUUUCAGCCAUUGGUACAGUGCCUAGAUGUUGACAACUUAAUUAAAUUUUUCACAGCCGUGUUGCUUGAGAGGAGAAUUUUGCUCCGAUCAAACAAAUAUUCAAUUUUAACCCUUGUAUCAGAAGCCAUAUGCCAUUUACUUUAUCCAUUUCGGUGGCAGCAAGUCUACAUUCCGCUACUCUUUUUCAGUGGCGUAGACUAUAUUGAUGCGCCUACGCCAUAUAUGAUGGGACUUCAUUCAGGCGUUGAUACAUCUAAUCUGGCCAUGGAUGGUGUAGUUGUUGUUGACCUUGAGUGUAAUCGUAUCACAACAACGGAAGAUAUACCUCCUAUCCCAGAGCCAGAAUUAGGAGAUUUGCGUGGGGAGAUAACAAAGUUAUUGCAUCCCAAUGUUGUGGGGAUAGAUCAGAUGAAGGAUGGUUUAUAUAGUUUGCCUGAGCAAUAUCCUAAAGGUGGCAACAAACCUUGGGGAGAGGAUCACGACCUUCAACUUAGGUUAGUGUUCUUAAAGUUCUUUGCAUCACUUUUAAGUGGCUACCGAAACUUCAUAGAAGUUACUGCUACUCAUGUCUUCAACACUCAAGCAUUCUUGACGAUGCGGUCCCGGUCAACUGGCCAACCACCAGAACCCAUGUUAACACAGUUCCUGGAUUCCCAUGGUUUCAUGGAUUAUCUGGAAAGAGGAUUAGGUUCUGAAGAAAACACUAAUAACCUACUUGACAAGUUACAAGAUGCAAUUAGAAGAAGCCAAAAUCCUAUUUCAAUUCUUCCAUCAAAUUUGGUAGAGCCUGAGAUUAUAACAAUUGCAGAUACGGAUGUGGGAGCAUCAGGAUCAGGUGCCAAAUACACAUAUGAUAGGUUUCCCUCAAACAUUAGGACAGAAGAGCAAGAAGAAAAGAGGAGGCAGAUCCUUGCUGCAGCAAGUGGAUUAUCCUCUAGCUCACCUUCUGUCCUAGUGGGUAAAGACUCCAAAUCAGAAACUCUAACUCCAUUGGAGAGGGCUGCGGAAAGGGAGUGCAUGGUUUUGGACAUAAAAGUUAAGUUGCAGGGUCUGUGGCUUCGUCUUCUGAAAUUGGGACCCACUGAUGAUCCUCUUUCGUCAUUUGAAUAUGGCACAAUCCUUGCUUUAAUUGAAUCUGAUGCGGAGGGGAUUGGUGGCAGUGGGUUCAUUGAAUGUAUAAGGGAGCACAUAAAUCAGGGAUGGCACUGUCAGUUGACUGAAGAACAAUUUCUUGCUGUGAAGGAAUUGCUUAAAACAGCUAUCAGUCGUGCAACUUCCCGAAAUGAUUUGUUGACCAUCAGGGAUGCCCUUGAAGUAUCUGCUGAAAUGUACAAGAAGGAUGCAAAUAAUGUUGUUGACUACAUUCAGCGCCAUCUUAUAUCUUUGUCCAUCUGGGAGGAAUUACGCUUUUGGGAAGGGUACUUUGACUAUCUAAUGGAGAGGUCUGCAAACAAGUCGGCCAACUAUGCUUCUCUGGUGACUGCACAGCUAAAAUUUGUGGAAUCACACAUGGCUGGAUUGGGCCUUCCUGAUACUGAUGCUUGGUACACGAUUGAAACAAUAGGAGAGAAGAACAACAUUGGAUACACACAAUUUAUACAGCUGAGAGGGUUCUUGUCGCAUGUUGUGCAACUACGCAUUGGUUAUUGGGGAAUCACUGCUGUCAAGCCUCAAUCCAUGUUGUCUCAUGGAUUAGCAUCUCCACAUUCAAAAGAUAACACAGUUGAGGAUCAGCAGCCUGCUGAGGCUUCUGGUGUUGGAAGGAGCUGGGUUCAGAGCAUGUUUAGCAGGGAUACUGCAUCCAGAUCCACCUCUUUCAGUCGUGUUCGUAAGUGGACCUCUGAUGGUGGCUCUUCAGCUACAAAUGAAAAUGGGACUCCUCGUAAACGAGAUUUAUCAGCUGCUGGGCAGAAGAAAACUCAAACCAAUGUGCGUGUACUUAGAGGUCAUAGUGGCUCGGUUACUGCUUUACAUUGUGUAACGAGGAGAGAGGUUUGGGAUCUUGUGGGUGACCGCGAAGAUGCUGGUUUCUUCAUCAGUGGAAGCACAGACUGCACGGUUAAGAUCUGGGAUCCUAGCUUUCGUGGUAAUGAACUUCGGGCAACCUUGAAGGGACACACAAGAGCUGUCCGUGCAAUAAGUUCUGAUCGAGGAAAGGUAGUAUCUGGAUCAGAUGAUCAGUCUGUUUUAGUAUGGGAUAAGCAAACUACUCAGCUUCUAGAAGAGUUGAAAGGCCAUGAUGCACCGGUUAGCUGUGCGCGCAUGCUGUCUGGUGAGCGUGUCCUAACCGCUGCUCAUGAUGGAACUGUAAAGAUGUGGGAUGUUAGAACUGACACUUGUGUGGCAACUGUUGGUCGUUGCUCUAGUGCCGUUCUAUGCAUGGAAUAUGAUGACUCCACAGGAAUUUUAGCUGCUGCUGGUCGAGAUGCCAUUGCAAACACCUGGGACAUUCGUGCGGGAAAGGCAAUGCACAAGCUUGUAGGGCACACAAAAUGGAUUCGGUCGAUUAGAAUGGUGGGGGACACAGUUGUUACUGGUAGUGAUGAUUGGACCGCAAGAAUGUGGUCUGUUUCCCGAGGAACAUGUGAUGCUGUUCUAGCAUGCCAUGCUGGCCCAAUAUUAAGUGUUGAAUAUUCCACACUUGACAAAGGAAUAAUUACAGGUUCAACUGAUGGGCUACUCCGCUUUUGGGAAAAUGUGGAGGGAGGUAUAAGAUGCGUGAAAAAUGUUACUGUUCAUACCUCUGCUAUAUUGUCAAUCAACGCUGCAGAACACUGGUUAGGAAUUGGAGCUGCUGAUAAUUCAAUGUCUCUUUUCCAUCGGCCUCAAGAGAGACUUGGUAGCUUCUCUAGCACGGGAACAAAAAUGGCGGGGUGGCAACUAUACCGAACACCACAAAGAACAGUUGCUGUGGUACGAUGUAUUGCUACGGACCUCGAGAGGAAAAGGAUAUGCAGCGGCGGUCGUAAUGGACUUCUUAGGCUUUGGGAAGCCACCAUAAACAUUUAAGUUCCUGGUGCGUUUGUGUAUUUAUGCAGAGUAAAUGUCACAUCAUUUUUCUUUUCUUCCAAAAAAUAAUCAAUUUUUGCCAAUAUAUUUUACAAGUUGUACCUACCUACAUACAUUUUGAGUUGUAAAAUUGGCGUGUUGAAGCUAAAUACAAUACGAAGAGAAGAGGGGUUGGUUUAUUGUU